AUGAGCUCCCAGAUCAACAGUGACAGGACUGUCAUGACCCUCAUCUUCGACGCGUAUAUCGCCUCGAUCGGCCCCGGCAUCGCCGUUACUGAGCAGCGCAAGAACUGCCAGCUGAACGUCGACAUCGAGUACCCAGGAGGCUUCCAGUACUCCAUUCUGUCCGCCGACUACCGUGGCUACUCUGCCAUCCAGAAGGGCGUCUCUGGCACUCUCAAGUCUACCUACUACUUCUCCGGAGACACUGCUCAGACCUCGACUGAGUACAAGUUCGACGGGCCAACCAACGGCGACUACCUCAAGCACGACGAGGCGGACAGCACCUCGGUUGUAUGGGCGCCAUGCGGCACCAACGGCAUGCUCAACAUUAACUCGCAGGUCCGCCUGACCAGCAGCAACGCCAGCGCCACUGGCCUCCUCACCACUGACUCUACCGAUCUCAAAUUCACCCAAGUCGUGUACGUGCAGUGGCAGAAGUGCACACCGCCCAAGCAGUAG